AAUACAACAAACAAGAUGUCUGCCGCAAUCAACAAUAUGUCAAUGCAAUAUGACUGCAACAACAACAGCAAUAAGCAUAACAACAGUUACAUUGCCGCAACAAAUCAAACACUGCUGCAGCAGAGCAGCUUACAACACACCUCACUCCUGCAACACUGGUCCACCAUACAGCAGAAAUCCAAAGUAUCACCCUCACGCCGCAUUAAGAACCUGCUGAAACCGCUAUUGGGACGCGUCUUCAAGUCACGCACGAAAAGCCAACAAAAACGCAACUCUUACCUCGCUGCCUCGCCGAAUGGCGAACGCGAUGCUGACUUCGAGUGGCUCGCCAACGAGAUGGACAAUCGCGCCAAUGAAGAUCUUGAGCAGCGGCUUGUCGAGGAGAUGCACAUGUGCGAGGAUGGCGCGGCUAUCGUUGUAUACAAUGCAGACGGCACGCAUCGCCUGCAGACGGUGGAGAAGGAUGAAUUCUAUGUGCCCGUGCAUUUCGCGCGCACCAAUGCCGGCACGUUCUUCUGGACUUCGCUGCAACGUCAGACCAUUGAACCGUAUAAUAUUCAAUGGAACUUUAUGGAUCGUUGGGGGCAAGCAUAGACCGCUGACUCCGUUGAUGUUGUAAUAAUUUAAGCUGAUACGCUGAAGUUGUAGGGUAUUGAAAUUACGUUCGGGUUUAAUAUAGAAAAGGGAUUUUCAACGGCUACCGGCGUCUGCCAGGCGGCACAAGUGCGUUCGCUGCAAAAAGCAAGGUUUGGUCACUGCGACCUUGUGGAAAGCAGAAAUAGACGGGAAAUUUGGACGUCAACUGGGUGUCAGUAAACGCUGGUGCAGCGAGUAGGGCGCAAGAGUAGGCACAGAGAAAUUGUAAAAAUGCUGCUGAGAAAUACCGUUACUUUUCGCAAGAAAAGUAGUGUGCUAUUCUCUGCAUACAUUUGUUAGGAAAUUAACAGAAGCAAUUUUGUAAAUUUUUUU